AUGGAAUUGCCUCAAAAUCCGAGAACAAGGUUCGUCACCAACCCCGAUUUCCCAUUCGGUACUUUACCCGCAGAUAUUUUCUACCUUAUCACUCGAAACCUAGACUCAAGAUCCCUUGGGCAACUCUCAGAAACAUGCAAGAGUCUCCACAACCUCCUCGAGUUCGAAAGACGCGUGCGCGCUACAGAUGAAAUCCUCGCCCCAGCAGAGCUCUACCAAAACCGGUUCACCUAUAAGCAGGGCCAGGCACCAGGCAUCGACCUGCCAGUGAGCCAGCACAACAUAAACCCGUUCGGUUACAUGAGCGGGAGACCAAGAGGGCGCCUCUUCGACUGUAUCCAAUGGGACAGAUUCCAUGGACUGAAUGUUCUAUUUAAUCUAGGUGCCGACGCAAAUUCCUACAAUCUCGGUGGAAUACGAGCACUCCAUUUUGCAAUCUCCUACCAAUCUCUUGAAGCUGUAAAAAUGCUCAUUGUGAAGGGUGCAGAUGUGAAUGCACGAGAUAUAGAUGUCAUACCAACAAGGGCUCCCCUCGAUAACGCGACACAGCCUUACAGAGCUAGUAGCAUCGUGCAGGUUCUCACCUCCGUCGGCGCGGAACUCACCGAAGAAAUUAUGAACCGCAUCAUAGCUGCUCGUGACACUGCAACAUUGCAGUUCGCCGUGAACCAAGUUCCGGAUAACGUAGCUUUUCAGUGGGGAGUUUCCAUGUUAUUCGCAAUCGCUAGUACUAAUGACUGCACGAUGUUUGAUAUCCUGGAACCCCAUAUUGCUAGAGGUCAAUUCAUUAAUUCUGUAAGAUCAGAUACGUAUGGGUCGGCCCUGCAUGUUGCAGUUCAGAGGAAAGACAAGUCAGUAUUGGCCUGGCCGCUUAUAAGGCUGGGUAUUAAUAUGGAUCAGAUUGCGGUUAAUGGACGGACGCCAUUACAUGAGGCUCUUGCUAAUGGGCACUCUGAUAUAGCGCUUAGGAUGAUUCAGAGCGGUAUUGCUGUAGAUAUUGCGGAUCGAGAUGGACAUACGGAGCUAGGGCUUGCUAUUAUGAUCGAGUCGCUAGAGGUUGUUCGUGCGUUGCUUGAUAGGGGGGCAGAUGUUAAUUUCCGUAGUAAUCCAGCUUUGGCUUUUUCUUGGUCGCCUCUGCAUUCUGCUAUCCGGACGAAGGAUAUAGAGAUUGUCGAUGCGAUUCUUCAUCGUGGGUCUGAACGCCCUGAUUUCGAUUUUAGGGAAAAUGGAUUGACAGCUCUUGAGUUUGCUAAAUGGCUACAACUUCGGGACAUUUGGACUUUAAUGGCUAUGUCACUAGCCGAGAGAAUGGGGGUGCCAUGGUCCAGGGAUUUCACUUGGGACUCGGUCUUCGUAUGA